AUGUCAAUGUCAAGAAUUGGUGAUUCCCAGAAGAGAGCAGUUGCACAUGUAGCUCUGUUUCCUAGUGCAGGAAUAGGCCAUUUGGUCCCAUUUCUGAGAUUGGCAGCCAUGCUUGCUUCUCCUAAUUGCCAAUGCAGAGUUACCUUGAUUGCUGUUCAGCCUCCAGUUUCUGGUGCAGAGUCCAACGAAUUGUCCAACGAAUUGUCUGCCUUCUUUGCUUCCCACCCUCAAAUCAAUCGGCUUGACUUUCAUCUCCCAAUUCCCAGCAGUCCAUCCGAAUUUGCAGACGCUGAAAAACCUGAUCCUUUCUUUGCUCGAUUUCUAGAUAUUAGUAGCUCAGUUCAUCUCCUGCAUCCUCUCUUGGCUUCCUUAUCUACUCCGCCUCUAUCUGCCAUCUUCGCUGACUUUGCUGUUGCAGCCGAUAUCAAUCGUCUAGCUGAUGAAUUAUCUAUCCCCCUUUACAUUGGUGCUGGCUCAUUUACCGCCUUUCCUCCCCAUGGGACCAUACGAGCCUUAACAGCAUUGUCAAAGGAACAAAUAAGAGAACUACGAAAUGGACUGGAGAGAAGUGGAUGUAGAUUUCUUUGGGCAAUAAAGACUACCAAAGUUGGCAAAGACGAGAGGGAAGAUCUGCAAGAUUUGCUUGGCAGUUCAUUUCUUGAAAGAACAAAGAAGAAGGGGCUAGUUUGUAAAGGAUGGGUGGAGCAAGAGCAAGUUUCAGCGCAUCCAGUAAUCGGAGGAUUUGUUAGCCAUUGUGGGUGGAAUUCUGUAACCGAAGCAGCUCGAUUUGGGGUGCCUAUAUUGGCUUGGCCUCUAAAUGGAGACCAAAAGUUGAACGCAGAAGUGACAGAGAAGGCAGGCCUUGGAGUAUGGAUGAGGCAUUGGGGCUGGCUGGGGGAGAAUCUAGUGAAGGGACAGGAGAUUGGGGAUCAAAUUAUCCAGUUGAUGCAGGAUAAAACAUUGAGGGUAAAGGCAAAGAAGGUGAAGGAAGAAGCUAGGAAGGCCUAUGAAGUUGGUGGGAGUUCUAAGAAAGUGCUUCUGGAAAUCAUAGAAAAUCUUUGA